AUGAAACCUCUAAUUGAUUUUGAAAUAUUUGAAGAAUUAUUUAAAACUGGCAGUGGUUUACCUGUGAACAAUGCUGGAAAUAUAAGUCCACAUUUAAAACCAAAAUUUAUCAAAAUAUCCGAAAGUUUAACAUUAUUAGAUCCACAAGGACAAAGAAAUCUAGCUACUGCUCGUCGAAAAUUAGAUCUUGAUGUAAAUACGAUAAUGCGCGCUUUAAACAAUCUUGAUCUUAAAAUAUUAACCAUCGAUACAAUUGAUAUAUUACAACAUUUUAUUCCUACAGAAUCUGAAAAAUUGAAAGCACUAAUUAAUUCAUCGUUGGCGUUGAAAAAUAGUACAAGAUUUAAAAAAUUACUUGAAAUUAUUUUGGCCUUCGGCAAUUAUAUGAACAGUAGUAAACGAGGGCCGGUGUAUGGAUUUAAAUUAAACAGUUUAGAAAUUUUAUCUGAUACUCGAACACACGAUAAACGUUUAACACUUCUACAUUAUAUUGUACAAACAAUUCAAGAACGUUCUCCAGAUGUUGCCAAUUUUGAUUCGGAUUUGAAAAUAGUUGAAAAAGCAGCACAAGUUUCGUUGGAAAAUAUUCAAACUGAUGUGCAAGAUUUAACACGUGGCUUAGAUUUGACCAAGAAAGAACCAGCCAUACGUCAAACAAUGAAGAAUGUUGAAAUUCGUCCACUAGAAGAUUUUUUAUUUUUAACGCAAGAUAAAGUUGAUCGUUUAACGAAAGAUGCCAAAAAUGCACAAGAAACAUUUUCACAAUGUGUCGAAUAUUUCGCACGAAUUGAUAAUGAUGAACGUAAUCGUUUAGCUCGUAAAGCAGCUGCUACUCUCGAACGUCCCGUAAAUACAAAACAAACAUUGAAUAAAUGUUCACAGUAUACAAUGGAAUUAGAACAUGACAUAAAAACUAUACGUUAA